AUGAACCCUCCCCCUCCUCCUCCCCCUCCACCCCCACCGCCUCAUGGGCACAGUGCUGGCAAUCGAAGUGGUCUUCCCGAGGGCAACUACGACAUCUUCAUAAUACCGCCACACUCGUCCGGCGGUGGCUUCAUAUACCUACCAUCUCUGCAGCCUCAUCUGAACAGCUUCCUGGCUGGCGUUGCCUGCACUCUGCUGGGUGUUACCUUUUGGAUCAUUGUCUUACCAGUGUUCAAAGAGUGGUUCUCAACCAUAGUGGCUGGUGGUGGGAUGUCCGUCAUGAUACUCUUACUAGCAGUGGGAGUUGCGGGCUGGGCUUGGGGGAAGACCCAGAUACAAGCUGGAGGUCCCGGACAAGGAGGUACUGGUGGGGCGCCCAAGGCGCAUAUGCCUGGACACUCAGCUGGAGGUCCCGCCCCUGGUCCCACUCCUGGAUUCACUCCUGGUCCCACUCCUGGAUUCACUCCAGGUGCAACUCCCGGGUUCACUCACGGUCCAAAUCCUGGCUUCACCCCGGGCCCUGGAUUCACUCCAGGAUAUACUCCCCCUCCGGAACCGCGACCGCCACCCAAGCCUACGUGGCAACGAGCUAAUCCUGCACCAAAUGGAACAGCGAAGUCAGUGUGGGAGAAGGCCAGGGAGGAGACAAGGAAAAAGGAGGAGGAGCGGAAGAAAGCCGAAGAGUUGCGGAAAAAGAGGGAGGAGGAUGAGAAAGAGCGAAUUAAACAAAGGGAAAAAGACGCACGAGAACGGGAGGCCCGAGAGGCACGAGAGAAGAGAGAAAAAGAAAGAGCACAGGAAAGAGCACAGGAGCGAGCACAGGAGCGAGCACAGGAACGAGCACAGGAGCGAGCACAGGAGCGAGCACAGGAGAGACCACGACCAGCAUCUCCCACCAAAGAACACCGACAUCCAACCGCAAAGACCGCAACAGACGAUGAUGCCUAUUCGUACAGGCCUUACGACGAGCCGAAACGAUCUACAAAGACAGCUACCGCUUCGUCAAUAUAUUCUGAGUCCUCAUACGCACCCUCACAGUCGACCAGUCGGACAACACCACCACCUUCUCAUCGAGGCCCAUAUCGUUGCAAAGAUCCCGAUAAGAUUGUCCUCAAGGCAGUUUAUUCAUUCAAUAACACAUUCACCAAAGUUCCAAUUUCCAAAUUGGUCUCUGGAGUGGGCGCCGUAACAGAUGGUCUCAUUCUCCGAAUUACAACCGAAGGUCUCUUUAUUGACGACGACGUGAGAGGCGUUCCCCAGCGGGAAUGGGAUGUCAAGGCAUGGACUUUGAAAUUGGUAGAGAAAUGGGCUUCCAAAACUCCUUCUGCCGAAGAGUCUGAGUCUUUCGUUGAAGCGUCUUCGCGUGCUUGCAAACCCUACCUGUCUGGAUCUUCAGGUGCUUCUUCUUCAUCGAUACGAACGAAAUCUGACGGCAGUGUUCUAUCACAGAGCGGCGAGUUCAAAGGGCUGCACGUCCUCAGAGCAAAUAUAAGAGAUCAGGAAGGCAAAAAAUAUGUAUUCGUCCUGCAAGAAGAAGAAGGUUGGAAGGUCGCAGUUGGGCUGCAACGACUCCGGAGAGGGACGCAAGUCAGAGCAUUAGGAGUGAGUGGUAUGGCCAUCAACGAGACGAAGGCAAUCUUGGAAAACAUGGGGUGGGCAUGA